AUGCCGCCUCGCCGCGUGGGCCUGGCCGACCGCACUGCCUCGCCGCCUCGCCGCGUGGGCCUGGCCGACCGCACUGCCUCGCCGCCUCGCGGCGUGGGCCUGGCCGACCGCACUGCCUCGCCGCCUCGCCGCGUGGGCCUGGCCGACCGCACUGCCUCGCCACCUCGCCGCGGCCGACCGCACUGCCUUGCCGCCUCGCCGCGUGGGCCUGGCCGACCGCACUGGCUCGCCGCCUCGCCGCCUCGCCGCAUCGCCGCCUCGCCGCCUCGCCGCCUCGCCGCCUCGCCGCCUCGCCGCCUCGCCGCCUCGCCGCCUCGCCGCCUCGCCGCCUCGCCGCCUCGCCGCCUCGCCGCCUCGCCGCCUCGCCGCCUCGCCGCGUGGGCCUGGCCGACCGCACUGCCUCGCCGCCUCGCCGCCUCGCCGCCUCGCCGCGUUGGCCUGGCCGACCGCACUGCCUCGCCGCCUCGCCGCGUGGGUUUGGCCGACCGCACUGCCUCGCCGCCUCGCCGCGUGGGCCUGGCCGACCGCACUGCCUCGCCGCCUCGCCGCGGCCGAGCGCACUGCCUAGCCACCUCGCCGCGGCCGAGCGCACUGCCUCGCCGCCUCGCCGCGGCCGAGCGCACUGCCUCGCCGCCUCGCCGCGUGGGCCUGGCCGACCGCACUGCCCCGCCGCCUCGAAGAGUGGGCCUGGCCGACUGCACUGCACUGCCUCGCCGCCUCGCCGCCUCGCCGCCUCGCCGCGUAGGCCUGGCCGACCGCACUGCCUCGCCGCCUCGCCGCGUGGGCCUGGCUGACCGCACUGCCUCGCCGCGUAGGCCUGGCCGACCGCACUGCCUCGCCGCCUCGCCGCGUGGGCCUGGCCGACCGCACUGCCUCGCCGCCUGA